AUGUCACAAGAUUUGGCAGCAAAUGAUGCUGUGGCAAGCAAUGUUGGUGAUGAGCAACCGUUGGAUCAACCAAAUACAACAAAUGAAACUACAACAAACGCAGAGGAAACUCUGAAAGAAUCGAAUAAUUCAAUUCCACCAAAAACUAUCGGAAACUUUCAUGAAAAAGAAAUACAUUUUGAUGAUUUCUCACCAAGUCUAUCAUCACAUAUCAAAUACAUUCCUAAUAACUCUGUUGAAACUGUUAAAUCAUAUAGUAACACGUCAGAAAUCAAUGACAAUCCAAUGGAUGUCAAAUUCAUGCUACAAACUGUCAAACAUGCAGCAACAGUGAGCUAUGUAGAAACCAUGCAUUGGAAGAAACACUUUCUCAAUAAGAAAUAUGUUUGGACCUUUCUAACAAUUUGUGGAAUUUUGGGUGGAAUUAUCAUUUACUGUCAUGACUUGAUAGUUUUGUACAUGUACAGAGGAAGGUUGACAAUUAUAAAUCAAUUCGAUGAGAAGGAAUAUUUUGGAUUGAGAUUAUUCCUAUGGGUGAUUUAUAGUUUGUUUUUCGUGACCAUUUCCUUAAUUCUUGUAGUUCUGUUUGGUCCAUAUUCGGAAGGUUCUGGAAUUUCACUUGUUAAGGCAAUGUUGAAUGGUGCAAAUAUUAAAGGAGCAUUUGGAUUUAGAACAUUUUUAGUGAAAAUUGUUGCAUUGCCAAUGGUUUUGGGAAGUGGAAUGUUUUUGGGUGAUGUUGGAUCGUCAGCUCAUGUUGGUGCAUUAUUGACAUAUAAUAUGAUGAGAUUACCUAUAUUUAGACCUAUUAAAAAGGUGAAAGCUUUGAGGGAUCAAAUGAUUGCUUGUGGAUGUGCUUUGGGUGUUGGUGCUAAUUUUGCAACACCAGGUGGUAGUGUCCUAUUUGCACUCGAAGCUAUCUGUACCUAUUACAGUUUGAGAGGAUAUUUGAAGAGUUUCUAUGUUGCAAUUAUUGCAUCUUUCGUCUCUCGAUUAUUCGAUUCUCUCAUUGGGCUUAAUCUCAACGUGUCCAUGACUUGGCACUUUAAACUACCAUAUCCAUCAUUUUCCAUUCCAGAACUCAUAGCUCAUGCAAUCCUUGGAUUUCUGAUGGGUUUAGUUGGAGUUUGUUUCUUAUAUUUAACAAGUUUAGUUAUGAGAUUGAGAUUAAACUAUGGAAAAAACUUUCUAUUUUUCAAAAGUGAAAAGUUGGAACAGUAUAGAGCUACUGCCUUGUUUAAUAAUCAAGCAUUGUGGACAUUAUUCAUUUGUAUAAUUACUGGCAUUUUGACAUUUCCAAAUUUGAUUGGGAAAUACAUGUCAUUAUCAGUGAGUGAAACAUUGGAAGCAUUAUUAUCACCUAAUUCUCUAUCUACAGAUCAGGGAUGGAUUAUCAAUUCUCCAAAUGAUGUGUUUGUGAGCUUGUCAAUUUACCUAGUUGUCAAAUUUUGUUUGACACUUUUCACUCUAUCUCUUCAACUACCUGGAGGUCUCUACAUUCCCAUUAUAUUAAUAGGAGCAGGAUUUGGUCGAUUCUUUGGUGAAAUAGUUGCUGUCAUUUUUCCAAAUGGAUUUGUGGCAGGUCAACUCAUCAAACCUGGCGCCUAUGCAGUUAUUGGAAUAGUCUCACUCACAUCAUCCACAACACAUACCUUCUCAACAGUAUUUAUCUUUCUAGAAAUGAUUGGAGUUGCUGUUCAUUUACCUUGUCUAAUGGUUGCUCUCAUUUCAGUGCAAGUUUCCAGAGCUUUCACAAGUAGUGUUUAUGAUAUUGUAAUUAGAGCAAAGAAUUGGAAAGCUUUAUUGGAGAACGUAUCUGAUUCUGUUGAUUUGAAAGCUUCAAAUUUGAUGAUUAAUUUGGAUCAGGGAUUACCAAUUUUGGAAACUAAAAUGAAAUUGAAAGAUUUACAAAAAGUUGUAAAAGAAUGUCAAUUGGCAAAUUACAGUCCCAAAGAUAAGAUUCCAAUGGUUGAAAAUUUGAAUAAUUUAUUAUUAUUGGGUCAAGUUUCUCUUUCGAAUAUUGAAAUUUUAUUAGAAAUGAAAUUAAAUCGAAAGCAAGCAAAAAAUGGUGAACUCCCUCUUUCUGCCUCUCAACUUUCUGACAUUCCACUAGAAGAAAUGGAUGAAGAAAUCAUUGAAAUUGAAUACGAAAGUUGUGAAUUUACAAUUUCAGAAGGUCAACCAAUCCAACAAUCUCACAUGUUAUUUUCACAACUUUCUCUUAAUGAGGUUUUUGUAGUUUGGAAAGGAAGGUUGAUGGGUAAAUUAACCAGAGAUUGUAUCAUUAACCAUUUGGAACAAAUAUCUAAAUAAAGUUACUGAACUCAUGUCAACAAUAUUCAUGUC